AUGCAAUUACAAUCAGUCGUUUUAUUAGGUUUAGCUUCCGUUGCUUUAGGUCAAUCAUCAGCUGCUGCUCAACCAAUCUCACAAAUUGGUGAUGGUCAAAUCCAAGCUUCUACCAACACUGAAGCUCCAGCUCAAGCCUCAUCAGCUGCUGCUCAACCAAUUUCUCAAAUCGGUGAUGGUCAAAUUCAAGCUUCAACUGGUACCGCUCCAGCUUCAUCAGCUGCUCCAGAAUCAUCUGCCGCUCCAGCCUCAUCAGCUGCACCAGUUCAACCAAUCUCACAAAUCUCAGAUGGUCAAAUCCAAGCUUCAACCAACACUGAAGCUCCAUCAUCAUCAGCUGCUCCAGCUUCAUCAGUUCAAGCAAUCUCACAAAUCUCUGAUGGUCAAAUCCAAGCUUCAGCUUCAUCAAAUGGUACCCACAGUGCCACCGUUUCAGAACAAUCUGAAAACGCUGCUGCUGGUUCUUUAGGUGGUGCUGGUUUCGCCGCUUUAGCUGCUGGUGCUUUAUUAUUUGUUUAA